UCAUUAUUUUCCCAAGCAGACUCACGUCACAUGCAUUUCCUUUUUAUUAUAGGGUUUAAGAGUUCUAUUUAUCAUUCCCUGUCUGAUUAGCCCAGGAAUUUCACACUGGAUCAAAAUGCAUCCAUAUCACUAAAGAGUGGCUACUAAAGAGCGUAUCUUGUAGCAGGUGAUGGGGCAAAUGAGAAAAUGGGUAGGCAUGAAGAAGAAGGAAAGUGGGAGAGUAAUGGGUCAUUGAUGCUUUGUGAAACUCGUCCAGAUCCAGUUAUUCUGCCCCUCUUACGGGCAUUGAAAGUCUUUUUUUUGUGCAUCUCUAGCUCAUGUAUAGAAUUUUAAAUAUUAUUAUUUCAGAAUACCUUUCAGAAGAAUAAUACAAUGGGAUAGAAAACACACUGAGGCCAGGAGCAGUGGCUCAUGCCUGUAAUCCCAGCACUUUGAGAGGCUGAGGUGGAAGAAUUGCUUGAGUUCAGGAGUUGGAGACCAGCCUGGGCAACACAGCAAGACCCCAUCUCCAAAAAAGAAAAAGAAACACACUGAAAUAAAAUAUCUCUAGAAACUAUGUUCAAUUGAAACCAUAUCCAUGUAGACUUCAGAAAAUGUUUCCAAGGUCAUAAAUUUCAGGCAAGCAUCUUAAGAGAAUGAAUGAGUAAAAGCAAACACAUCUCAAAAGAUGGGGAGGACCAAUCAACUCACAUACUUUACACUAGCAGUUAACAUUUGCCUUUACCUCUGCCUCUUCAUAAUGCUCAAAUGUAAUUAUAAUGCAUAGAAAGUACACUGUUGUUUUACUCACUGCUCAGUAUGCCUAUCCUCUUUUCUAAAUUUGAAUUUUAAUAUUUCAGCAAAACGAACUAAUAAAAGGCAGUUUCCUAGCAACGUCUGUAUUCAAAGGAACAACAACAAAGCUUAAUCACAAACACCUUAUUUUCUCCAAAGUUAAUUCCCGUCUUUUGAGGGAAGUUAGCAGGUAGCAAAUAAAGCAAGGUGCAAACAGAGACUCUUGUAGGAGAGGCUGGCACAGCCUCACUUGGCUUUUUCUUCCUGGGCAUUGAAAGAUAGGAUGGUUAGGGCUUCAGCUAAGCCAGUCUUUCCCAAUGGUUGCAGUCAGAGAUUGAUACAAAACCCCAGAACUGUUUGCUAUUUUAUCCAUCCUCUGCUGGAGAUGCAGAUUGAUUGGUGGAAGGAACAGUGAACUAGGAAGCCAGGUUGUUGGAUUCCUAGUAACUCUCACACUACCCACGAAAACUUGAGCGGGUCCUCUUUUUCUGGGCUGUAUAUCCAAAUGGCGGUUACUCUAGAAGACUAAGUGAAAGGUCUUUCUCAGCAGCUCAAACCCGCCACCAGUAACCGGGUCUUUUUUUUUUAAUUAAGUUUAAAUGGCAUUUGCUUAAUCAAUAACACAGUUUCACUAGAAUUAAUGCUGCUUCCCCAGAAAAGCAUCACUUAGAAAUUAAACAGCUGGCUGUCUUCCAGGGAAACAUGUCCCUGUGUCCUGCCUUCCUGAGACUUCUUGCCUGCACGCGGGGCCCAGCCGCGCCAGAGAGAUGGAAGUGACUUUACCUACCCAGCGAAAGUAGAAGUCUGCAACAAGGAAAACAGCUAAGUUAAGAGGAAGUGGUUUUCGUUUUACUGCUUGCAGAAAGGCCAAGAUUUUGACGUUUAAAGCGGGCACACGAGUCAUUUUAAGUCUCUAGAUCUUUCACCCUGAAAGUCCCUGCACAGAAACUCCAUAGGGAGUCUAAAUAUAGCAACAGCACCCCCCUCCCACCCCCUCCGCCUUCAGUCAGGGUCCCGCGCAGCUCUAGGAUUGGAGAGCUUACUCCAGGGCGCUCUCUGCAUCUGCCUCGAAUAGCACCGCACGGAGCAACCUCUCUCGCACCUCCACAGUGCGUGGGUGUGAAGUGUAUUAGGGGAAAGCUAGAGAGUGACUCUGGGUGAUGGUGCUCGGCUCACAGUCACAUGGCGUCGCCGCCAGCUGCACAGAGCUCCCAGCUAGCUGCUGCUGCCCAGAGGCUUGGGGGGAAGGAGGGAGGGAAGCAGGCUCCUGCUGGUGACCAGGAGCAGGCGAGAGGGCUUCACACAAAUUAUAGUGAUAAUAAAGAGUAAAUGCAAAGCAUUUAAAUCGAGGUAUUGCAGAAGACAGAAAUCAGCUGCCGCGGGCGUGGGUGUGUGUACAGGGUGGAGGAGAAUUGGGAAAGUAUUUAUCUCGGAGGGGCGGACACAGCUGCAAGAAGACUUUUGCCUUAGCAUUGUUUUAGCCUUAGGAAAAGAAAAGGCCCUAAGGAAUCCACCUUGCAACUAUCUGCUAUGUCUUUGUGGUGGAAGCUUAGUUUUCCCUUCAAUUUAAUUUGAUGAUUGUUUUCUUUCAUAUUUGGGGAAGAGCCACUCUGUUGGAAGAAGUCCCCAAGCCUGGCACCCUUCAGUUUUCCCUAUGCUGAAUGUGAGGUUUAAACUGCCUUUUCUUUGUAAUACACUGUUUCUGAAGGCCAGAGGCCGCGGCCGGUGGCACCGCGGCCUCUCUCUCUGUCAAGGGCGCAUGGGCUUUGGGCCAACGGGGUGCCAGAGGUGGUGGAAGACCCAGUCAGUUGUUCCUUGCAACAGGUCUCUAAGCUUGUAUGUUACAACAUAAGGUGGGUGGGGUCGAAACCCCGAGAAGCCGGCGUCCUGGACACCCCAUCCUCCAGGUUUUCUUUCCCAGACACUGGGGUCCUCGCUGCCGCUGCCGAACUUCUCAAUCAUAUGACUUUCUCCGACUUAAAUGGAAAUUUCUUGACGGAGGGAACUGGGUUUGUUCUCCCAGGCUUCGCGCUGCAGUCAGGCAGAGCCCCGGGGCAGCUCGCUCACCGCGGAGGAGCCACUUUGGAGUUUUACGCCCUUUCCACACUCCACCCAUGGACUGGAAACGAUGUUCAGUUACUCGCGGGCUUGUUGUCUGAUACUGGGAUGGAAAGUCACAGUCCGCAGGCUGAAGUGAGGCGCGGGAAGAUGCCUGGUCCUUGCCUCGCGGACUUGGCAGCCGCGUCCUUCGGGUCUGUCCACUGAACUGCUGAGGACUCGCCCGUGUGCGGGGACCCGAGUGCCACUUCCCGGAGCGUUACCUUGCGCUCCAGCCUCCAGGCUAGCUAAUACCUGGAGGACAGGGCAGGGCUGUUCCCGCUCUCAUCCCUUGCGGAAGGAUGGCAGAAUCCGGCGCAGCGACGUAGCAGCGGGAGGGCACAGCGACCUGCAUCUCCAGUUUCUCCUCAGGACACAAGGCUGACUUCACCUUCCGGAGAGCUGCAAAGCCCCUGCCAGAACCAAACCGAACUCGCGCCUCGGAGAGGGGCUUCUGGGGCCGGUUCGCUGCAGGGCGUGGGGAGUGGAGAGAGGGAAGGGGAAGCCUGGGGCUGUGUGUGCGCGCGUGGGAGCGCGCCUCGGAGCGCCCCGCACUCCCCCACUCUAUCCCCGGGGGCACUUUGGGAAGGAGGGAGUGGUAGUCGCGGGAAUGAGGGAGCAAGAGAAACCCUCUCAAAGCGACGCCCCAAACAGGUCCGGAUUUAGAAUUCGAAGCUAAAGGCUGUUAGAAAUUGGGACUCCUCGGCCUCCUUUGCAGCCCCUCCUUUCCCGCCCCGAAGCCCGGACGGUUUGCUGGCUGCCUGCUUCCCCGCCCCCGGCUCAGAGGUCUCUGGCUGGCGGGCGCCCCGUCGGCCGCCGGCUUCCUCCUUGAAACCCGCCGGCGCACAUGAGGCCGCUGCCCCCGCCGCAGGCGCUGGCGGCCCCCUCGCGGUGCCCGUGGUGAUGCCAUGCCCCGCCACCACGCGGGAGGAGAGGAGGGCGGCGCCGCCGGGCUCUGGGUGAAGAGCGGCGCAGCGGCGGCGGCGGCGGCGGGCGGGGGGCGCUUGGGCAGCGGCAUGAAGGAUGUGGAGUCGGGCCGGGGCAGGGUGCUGCUGAACUCGGCAGCCGCCAGGGGCGACGGCCUGCUACUGCUGGGCACCCGCGCGGCCACGCUCGGGGGCGGCGGCGGUGGCCUGAGGGAGAGCCGCCGGGGCAAGCAGGGGGCCCGGAUGAGCCUGCUGGGGAAGCCGCUCUCUUACACGAGUAGCCAGAGCUGCCGGCGCAACGUCAAGUACCGGCGGGUGCAAAACUACCUGUACAACGUGCUGGAGAGACCCCGCGGCUGGGCGUUCAUCUACCACGCUUUCGUUUUUCUCCUUGUCUUUGGUUGCUUGAUUUUGUCAGUGUUUUCUACCAUCCCUGAGCACACAAAAUUGGCCUCAAGUUGCCUCUUGAUCCUGGAGUUCGUGAUGAUUGUCGUCUUUGGUUUGGAGUUCAUCAUUCGAAUCUGGUCUGCGGGUUGCUGUUGUCGGUAUAGAGGAUGGCAAGGAAGACUGAGGUUCGCUCGAAAGCCCUUCUGUGUUAUAGAUACCAUUGUUCUUAUCGCUUCAAUAGCAGUUGUUUCUGCAAAAACUCAGGGUAAUAUUUUUGCCACGUCUGCACUCAGAAGUCUCCGUUUCCUACAGAUCCUCCGCAUGGUGCGCAUGGACCGAAGGGGAGGCACUUGGAAAUUACUGGGUUCAGUGGUUUAUGCCCACAGCAAGGAAUUAAUCACAGCUUGGUACAUUGGAUUUUUGGUUCUUAUUUUUUCAUCUUUCCUUGUCUAUCUGGUGGAAAAGGAUGCCAAUAAAGAAUUUUCUACAUAUGCAGAUGCUCUCUGGUGGGGCACAAUUACAUUGACAACUAUUGGCUAUGGAGACAAAACUCCCCUAACUUGGCUGGGAAGAUUGCUUUCUGCAGGCUUUGCACUCCUUGGCAUUUCUUUCUUUGCACUUCCUGCCGGCAUUCUUGGCUCAGGUUUUGCAUUAAAAGUACAAGAACAACACCGCCAGAAACACUUUGAGAAAAGAAGGAACCCAGCUGCCAACCUCAUUCAGUGUGUUUGGCGUAGUUACGCAGCUGAUGAGAAAUCUGUUUCCAUUGCAACCUGGAAGCCACACUUGAAGGCCUUGCACACCUGCAGCCCUACCAAGAAAGAACAAGGGGAAGCAUCAAGCAGUAAGUUCUGUAGUAAUAAGCAGAAGCUCUUCAGAAUGUACACCUCACGGAAGCAGAGUCAGAAGCUAAGUUUUAAGGAGCGAGUGCGCAUGGCUAGCCCCAGGGGCCAAAGUAUUAAGAGCCGACAAGCCUCAGUAGGUGACAGGAGGUCCCCAAGCACUGACAUCACAGCCGAGGGCAGCCCCACCAAAGUGCAGAAGAGCUGGAGCUUCAACGACCGAACCCGCUUCCGGCCCUCGCUGCGCCUCAAAAGUUCUCAGCCAAAACCAGUGAUAGAUGCUGACACAGCCCUUGGCACUGAUGAUGUAUAUGAUGAAAAAGGAUGCCAGUGUGAUGUAUCCGUGGAAGACCUCACCCCACCACUUAAAACUGUCAUUCGAGCUAUCAGAAUUAUGAAAUUUCAUGUUGCGAAACGGAAGUUUAAGGAAACAUUACGUCCAUAUGAUGUAAAAGAUGUCAUUGAACAAUAUUCUGCUGGUCAUCUGGACAUGUUGUGUAGAAUUAAAAGCCUUCAAACACGUGUUGAUCAAAUUCUUGGAAAAGGGCAAAUCACAUCAGAUAAGAAGAGCCGAGAGAAAAUAACAGCAGAACAUGAGACCACAGAUGAUCUCAGUAUGCUCGGUCGGGUGGUCAAGGUUGAAAAACAGGUACAGUCCAUAGAGUCCAAGCUGGACUGCCUACUAGACAUCUAUCAACAGGUCCUUCGGAAAGGCUCUGCCUCAGCCCUCGCUUUGGCUUCAUUCCAGAUCCCACCUUUUGAAUGUGAACAGACAUCUGACUAUCAAAGCCCUGCGGAUAGCAAAGAUCUUUCGGGUUCUGCACAAAACAGUGGCUGCUUAUCCAGAUCAACUAGUGCCAACAUCUCGAGAGGCCUGCAGUUCAUUCUGACGCCAAAUGAGUUCAGUGCCCAGACUUUCUACGCACUUAGCCCUACUAUGCACAGUCAAGCAACACAGGUGCCAAUUAGUCAAAGCGAAGGCUCAGCAGUGGCAGCCACCAACGCCAUUGCAAACCAAAUAAAUACGGCACCCAAGCCAGCAGCCCCAACAACUUUACAGAUCCCACCUCCUCUCCCAGCCAUCAAGCAUCUGCCCAGGCCAGAAACUCUGCACCCUAACCCUGCAGGCUUACAGGAAAGCAUUUCUGACGUCACCACCUGCCUUGUUGCCUCCAAGGAAAAUGUUCAGGUUGCACAGUCAAAUCUCACUAAGGACCGUUCUAUGAGGAAAAGCUUUGACAUGGGAGGAGAAACUCUGUUGUCUGUCUGUCCCAUGGUGCCGAAGGACUUGGGCAAAUCUUUGUCUGUGCAAAACCUGAUCAAGUCGACCGAGGAACUGAAUAUACAACUUUCAGGGAGUGAGUCAAGUGGCUCCAGAGGCAGCCAAGAUUUUUACCCCAAAUGGAGGGAAUCCAAAUUGUUUAUAACUGAUGAAGAGGUGGGUCCUGAAGAGACAGAGACAGACACUUUUGAUGCCGCACCGCAGCCUGCCAGGGAAGCUGCCUUUGCAUCAGACUCUCUAAGGACUGGAAGGUCACGAUCAUCUCAGAGCAUUUGUAAGGCAGGAGAAAGUACAGAUGCCCUCAGCUUGCCUCAUGUCAAACUGAAAUAAGUUCUUCAUUUUCUUUCCAGGCAUAGCAGUUCCUUUAGCCAUACAUAUCAUUGCAUGAACUAUUUCGAAAGCCCUUCUAAAAAGUUGAAAUUGCAAGAAUCCGGAAGAACAUGAAAGGCAGUUUAUAAGCCCGUUAUCUUUUAAUUGCAUGAAAAUGCAUGUUUAGGGAUGGCUAAAAUUCCAAGGUGCAUCGACAUUAACCCACUCAUUUAGUAAUGUACCUUGAGUUAAAAAGCCUGAGAAACCAAACACAGCUAAUGCUAUGGGGUGUAUGAAUAUGUCAAGUUUAGGUCAUUUAGAAGAUUUGACACUGUAUUUUGAAAUUAUGGGAGUAAACACCUUCAAAUUUCAGGCAUUUCUGCUUUGUGACUAAAUACAAACUACAUUUUCAAGAUUAGGCCAUAAUGUAUAUUUAAACACAAUGGCUAUCAACAGCUGCUAAUAAGGUAUCAACAACUAAAGCAGAAUUGGGGAAUAAUAGAAAUGGCUGCUUAUUUCAAGAUAUAGUUGCCAACCCAUUCCUAUUCAGUCAUUUUAUUAUUAAUGUAAUUUGAAUGUCAAUUUGUGUGCUUCUGGUGAUUUAGCGCUGUGGCAAGCAAUUUUGCACAUCAUUUCCAUGUUGUUCUUUAUGACAAGAAUGUUCUUCAAUUAGAAAAUGUGCAAAUAAUGAGAUUCAGGGCCAGUGGGGCAAAUAGACUAUCUGACAUAUUUGACUUUAUGAAAACAUAUUCCCUGAUGGCAGAAUCAACUUUAUAAGUGGUCAACUUCUACACAAGCGUGUGAAAUACUGAUCAGUAGAACAGCCAUUGUGAUUGGACUGGUUUCUCUGCAAUGGCGCCAACCCCAGGCUUGCCAAUACUGCCUAUGUAAAGGGCAAGUGUGAGAAGCUAUUCUCAAUUGCUGACAUACAGGUAGGACUAUGGGGGAUGGGACAUUUGAGUGGGACUGAGAUAGGAAAGGCUUGAAAAGAACCCAGAAACACCACCAGGAAGUUGGCAAAGUAAAAGAAAAUGACUUCCCCCUCAAAGGGCAAUGAGAGGGAGAGAAACAAACCAAAAUAGAAGAAUGAGACUUUUUAGAAAAUGAGUAUUGCUAGGGAAUUCAACUACCUAAUCUUCCCUUAUUCUUAUAUAUAAGCAGAGAAUUUUUGCAAGGUAUUUAUUUUUUAAUAUGCCCUGAAUGUCUUUUGCUAUUAUGUGUACAUUUUGCAUAUGAAAGUCUAAAACGAAACUUCCUUUACUUUUUAUACUGUAGUGAAAAUUUUCUAUUCUUCCCAAGAAUGUUGUCCCAAAUCUGAAAUUACUGGUUCAAUUUCCUGAUAUAAACAUUUACAAUUAGAAGCUAGAUAGUACUGGCAGGGUCUGCAAAUCAGAACACUUAAAUAUAUCAUGGCAGCAAAAAGACCAAGGGAAACAAAACGACAAAUGUAUUUAUCAGAAAGCAAGCAAUGCUGACUGCUUGUUAGAAACCCAUCUAGCUAUCUUAGGUCAUCAGAACUUCAGCCAACGUAAUGACAUUCAAAAGAAAAGGACAUAAGAGAUAGCAUUUCAAUUCAAUUAAACCCUAGCCACAGGAGGACUCAAGAAAGGAAGUCCUUGGCAGACAUUAAUGCUGCCUCCAGAAGUACUUCUCCAGCAGCCAAGCAGAAUGAGCAGGGUUAUCAAGUGGAUGUUCAAAGGAAGAAGGAGGCCCUGAACUCCACCAUUCCUCCCCAGCCCUCCCCAACAGGCUUUCUCCAUCAUUGACUCUCCCCUGCUUUUCUUCUUCAUUAACUCCUUAUUCAUUCCCUGCCAGUAUUUUGCUUCUGAACUUCACCAGGCCUUAACCAGCCGGCCGGGCGCGGUGGCUCACGCCUGUAAUCCCAGCACUUUGGGAGGCCGAGGCGGGCGGAUCAGGAGGUCAGGAGAUCGAGACCAUCCUGGCUAACACAGUGAAACCCCGUCUCUACUAAAAAUACAAAAAAUUAGCCAGGCGUGGUGGUGGGCGCCUGUAGUCCCAGCUACUCGGGAGGCUGAGGCAGGAGAAUGGCUUGAACCCGGGAGGCGGAGCUUGCAGUGAGCCGAGAUUACACCACUGCACUCCAGCCUGGGUGACAGAGCGAGACUCCGUCUCAAAAAAAAAAAAAAAAAAACCAGCCUCCAUCCCCAAGUCAACCAGUUCUCCGCUUUAUCUAAAAUGUACUUCUCAACCUUUUAGAACCUUGUCCCUUUUGAUAAACAUGAAAAUUUUUAAAGCUUCCUCUUCACCUCCCACUUGGAUUCUAAGACAGUUGGAAUCAUUUAGAAUCUUUUUGGCUGCUGGAAACGUAUAGAAGAUAGAGGCUAAAUUUUACACUUCAGUUAAGACCUUGUCAAUCCUUUUAAGCAAUUGUUUUCAUUUUCAAAAUACAGAAUGUUAGUAAAUUACGAAAAUCAAUUUUUCAUCUUCAUUCAACCUAAAGUUGUGAUUCCCCCUCGCAAGAAUGUUGCAUACACACACACACACACACACACACACACACACACACACACACCCCUCCACUGACCUAAAGCCAGACACCUGCCAUGACUGGGCAGGCUCUCUCCCAGUAUUAUUAACAGAGGAAGAGGAGGGAGGCAGCAACUUUCAGGUAGCACUGAUUCUUGGACACACUCUGUCCUCGGUCGAACCCCACUGGCAGCAGGAAUUCUGAAUGUAUUGGGGACCCCUCCUUAGGCCUCGUUAAGUCUCAAACACAGUACAGCUCACCCAGCAUUGCUGAAGACUGAAGAUUCAGAAACAAAACCUACACACAGCACUGAGGUCUUAAUCAUAGCAAAAUGUGAUAAACCAUGUUGUGAAAAACUUUUAAGCAUUGAAGCCAUGACCAUUUUGUGUCUAUCUUACUCUAGCACAAAAAUUGAGGGAUGUUAAAAGACAGUUGUGUGGAAGCUAUAAGGUUCUGUCUGUCGUGUUACUCUCUGUGGAAAUGAGAGGGGUCUCCCAUUUACACUAAGCAAAUUUCCAUUGGUCAAUCUUAAUGAUGUCUUGAAGCACAAUUUAGCUGAGCACUGAGUAGCCAUAUGCUUUCUGAGUACAAGUGUGUCUGCCUUCUUCAACAUGUAGGGUUGGUCAAGCUAAUACUUAAUUGCAAAUAUCCCUUGUAUGAGGUUAACUAAAAAAAUUUUGCUAUGUCUGAUCUACCUGUUUGCAUUUUGUUCAACUAAAUUAAUAUUUGUAGAUUGCAAGUUUUGUUUAAAAUAACUUUAUUGAGUUUUUAAGUCCUGAUCUGUUCUAAGGUGCCUUUCUCACCUCCCAUUGAUUCAGUGAUUCUGAAGUUCUUAAUUUGCAAGUAAAAUAAGUCUACUAGAGAGGAGGAAAUCAGGCACAAAAUGACCAAUUCUCAUACCCAUUUGCAAAGUAAAACUAUAAGGAUGAUGAAACCUGGCUAACUAAACUAAUGGAUCAUUUCACUAAAUCAGAUAGAGGAAAUAUCAUAAAUAUUAACUUGUCUCCCUAGAAGCUGAUAUUUUUCGCCUUAAAUGACAUGGUUGUGUUUUUGUAAGAGAAACUUAAUCUAAUCUAAUUAUGUGCAUCUAAGUGAGCAGUUCUAAGUCAUGUAUGACAAUGCAAUUGUCUGUUUCCUGAAGACAAAUAAAUCAGGAACACCAUAUCCAUUUCAAGCUAUCAUUAAAGUGUAAUUUCCUUUGCUCUCUUUUACUGGGAUUAUUUGUUUUAAAGUAAAACAUUAAAAAGAUGUCUAUAAACAGCUAGUGUGACUAUUUUUAUCUGGAACUAACUAGUUGGUUCUGAACUGACUGGACCAAGUCAAUCAAACUGACUGUAUACAGAUUUUGGACUGAAAUAUAAAAAUUAUCUUUUUGCAGUGUUA